AUGCUCAGGGAGGAUCUUGGGAUAUUGAGAGGAUGUGCAAUGCAGUUGGCGAUGGAGAAUGCGAAGCUGAGGGAGGAACUCGAUGCUGAGCGAGCGGAUAAAGCUCGGCUCAUGGCCGAGUUCGAAGCUUUCAAGAGGUCUGUUGCGGCCAGGGCUGACGCUGCAAACGCCUCUGCUGAGGUCGAUGGAUUGUCGAAGAGUGCAGAAAGGGGUGCACGCCAGGCAGCGGACGCAUCCAAAGCACCAGUUGCGGUGGAAGAUUUCUUCUACGUGGUCGUUGUGUCUUGGCGCGAAGCCGAAACUGUUGCUGCUGCCUGGAAACUGUGGGUGCAGCCAAGCCAGAUCAUGGGUGGCAAGACACUGGCCGAAGUCUGUGCAGAGUUCGGCCGGGAUACAAACAAGAACAACAGCUUCAUCACCGCAUAUUCCCGGUUCGCGGCGAAAGGUAAGCCCGCGAUGACUGUGGGUGCAUGCGAGCGUAAGAUGCGUCGCGUGCAUCGUGUCAUGGUCUCCGUGGUGACGUUAAGAAAAGACAGCUCCGAGGCGGCGACCGCAACGGCCGUUAAGCUGCUGGACGAGGUGUUCGCCUUGUGCAACUUCACCGAAUUCACCAACGGCUUGGCGGUGCUUCAAGAGACUCCGCCCAACAAGAAACAAAAAAAAAGGUUCGUCGACGGAAAAGAGGACCGUCAACGACUUGGCGCAAUGUAA